AUGCAAGCCAACAACCACAAGCCUAAUAAGGAUCCACAGGACUCGGGGGACCAUGUUGGAUUAGUGGACGUCAACAGCUGGAAGGAGCUCGAUUCCUUCCAUCAAAUCACCAUGUCACCGGCACUAAAAGACCACCAAAGUGACACUGAGGAUGAUGUUGAAAAUCAAAAUGGUGGGUCGAUCAAUAAGGAGCAGCAAAACCAUUACUCCACACGGGCUGACAGCCCAGAGCUCCUGCCACUGAAAGACUUCCACUAUGAGUUUCAUGAUGCCUACAACAGGAGAUUUGAGGAUGACCCUAUCAUCCUCAAAACAGAGGAAGAGUUUGGCAGUGACAGCUUCGAUGAAGAUGCUGACCUUACCAGUGUCGACAUCCAUGCCGGAAGGGAAGCUGCCAUUCGCCAAAGUGUGGUUGACUUGGCUAUGGAUAACGUCAAGAAUGGAAUCUUCCAGCAUCUCUUGGUCAUGCUGGCUGUGUGCUUCAAAUGCAUCAUGAAGAAACUAAAGGGUGGAGACUCUGAUGAACAGGUAGACGCUGCCCUAGAUAUGGUUGAUAUCAUGGACCCAUCUACCGGUAAUCAGCUGGCAUCUGCUCAGUUUGGCCAAACAACUCAGAUGGGCCAAACUGGGGCCAGUGGCGGCGGGGCAUCGGGCACGGGAGGAGCUGGUGCCUCAACUAGUGCAAGUGUGGGAACUGCGUCAGGUACAGGAACAGCCCAGGCAACUGCAGUAGUUGGCCAAAUGGCAACUCAGGCUGCAGUCAGUGCCGCUGGGGCCUCCGCCUCAGCAGCUUCCGCGGCAGUUGCCGCGACUGCCAGUAUCACAUCCACAAUUGUCAGUGCUAUAGCCUCUGCCAGUGUUGUAUCUCAAAUUGGGGUGACUGUUGGUGUUGCGGCUGUGGCAGCUGCUGCAGUGAGCAGUGGUGUGAUCACUAGGGUAGCGCCCGGUACAAAUGCUACUGCUCCUGUGGUAAAAGACACUGACUUUAUACCCCCAUCCUGUUCGUUCACAUCCCAGAUCAAGCAAGGUUUUGUGGAAUUGAAAAUUCAAGGCAUGCCAGAGGAUUCACUACCACAGCACAGAGAGAGGAUAGAAGAGAUAUUUCGAGACCUCUACAACAACAUCACUGGAAUGUGCUUGGAUCCUUUCUCGCGGGUAUUACACAAGGCGGAACUUCAAAAUUGGAGUACAGAGGAUAGCGUGGUUUUCUUGGAAGGGACAUCCAACAAUGCAACUAAUGGGACACUGGCACAGGUGAUUGUGCCAGUUACCACAACAUCUUGGAUUGCCACAGUUGCUUGUGAUGGAUGUCCUGAUUAUGAGCCACUUUUCCAGUUGCCCGAAGGGGAUGAUGCAAGUGUUGGUGACACUAGAACAACUGGUAACAUCAACAACAGCAAUAGCACGAACAUCAAACUAGCAAAUGUUUCAGCAGCUAUGAGUGGCAGAAACACCAGUAUGGCUCACAGCCUGUCCAGGCGCUUGCAGUUACAGACAACCAUUGAAGUAUCCCAGUUCUUUCCGUUGUUUGCAGCCUCCUUUGGUUACAAUAUUGAACCAGUGCUGGCAACAUCAGGAGCUUCCCAAUCUGGAAGGCAAAAUUCCAUGCAGGUUGUCUUUGCCACCACAAAGUCAGUCUCCCCUUUAGAGAAUGCUGGAGACCAGACUGAGAUCAUUGUCCUCACCAUAGGCCAAGAUACAAUUCAGCCAUUCAUUGAAACAGUUGAAGAGAACCAAGGGACGAUUCUGACUCCUUUCAUAUCUAAUGAGCUGUCAUCUCUCUCACAAUGUCUCUCGGAUGAGGUGGACCAAGAGGUUUCCAAGGGAUCUGAAAAGGUUUGUGAUGAGCUGAUGCAGGUCAUCACAGCUGAAAACGACGAAGCCAGAGCACCCAUAAACCCAGAUGCUCUGAUUGUAUGCCUGGAGACCCCAACUGACCCAUCUUGCCAAGACAUUCUGACCACCGCUCUUGAAGCUGUUGCCAACAGCCAAGUGGAUUCGGUUGAAGAAGCUUCUCAUUCUGGGAAAGUGGAUGAACCCAACAUUUCCGGAAGUACAGGGGAAGAACCAACUGGAAGCAGCCCCUCAUCCCUCACAGAGAAUCUAGAAGAAGAAGAAGAAGAAGCACCCACCAAGAUGCCAAUUGCAGGAAGUUCUGAUGGAGCAGCAAGUCCAGUUGCACCAGUUAUGGAUUCUGCUGUAGGAACACAACCCUCUUCACAUGAACUUACAAGCCCGACAGGGCCUGUUGGAUCACCUGACAGUCAGGAGUCUCUGACUUCUAACUCAAAUGGGCUUGGUGUCCCCACUGCAGGCACCCCCCGGGAGAACCCCACUGUAAUUUUGGAUGUGGCUUCCAGCCCAGCUGAAGCAGUUUUUGAUUCUGUUGUAGGAAUACAACCUUCUUCACAGGAGUUCACAAGCCAAGCAGGACCUGUUGGAUCUCCUGGUAGUCAGGAGUCUUUUACUUCAAACCCAAGCAUCCCCACAACUGUAGGCAAUCCCAUGGAGUACCCUACUGCAGUUUUGGAUGGGAUUACUAGUCCCUCUGGUUCAAACCCAGUGGAGGAUAUCCAUCCUACAGCCACAGCUAGUGUGCCACAAGGAAACCCAGCCUCCAAUCCAUCAGGUUAUACAAUUCUUUUACCAAGCACAUCUUUCCGGCCAACAGCGGUCCAACCAAAUACAGCUCCUUUGCUGGUUGAUGGACCAACAGUUUCAUAUCCAUCAAUACAGAGUGCUGUUUUUCCCACAUCCAUCCAGGCAAACCCAGCAAUGAACCCAACCUUAUUGGCACCAAUCAUCCCCCCCACUCUGUUUGACCCGCCCAUAAUUGCCAUUCCAUCAGCAGUGCCACUUACUGUUGCAUCAAAUCCAAGCAAAGGUUGGGCUCAGGCACCUAGCAAAGAUGGGAUUCUGACACUGAGUACAAGGGGAACUCUUACACCAAGUACUGCAACAGAACUUUUGGCUUUUUCAAACAGAGACGAAAGCUUCAUAACAUUCCCCCUUCCCCCCCAAAAAACAGGUCCGCUUGCCACUGUCAGUUUGUCACCUGCUUCGGUGAUUGGGCUCAAUUCCUUUUCAAACAAUAUUAAGAAGAAUAAGGCACAAUCGGCUCAACAUGUAGACGCCAAUCAGUAUCCAACAACACAAUCAACUUUUGUUCCAACAAAACUUCCCACACCACCACAAUCAUUACAAGGCGCCAAGACACCCUCUUCAAUGCCAACAAGGAAUCGAACACUGGGGCCCUCUAAAUUGCUCACACAACAGUCAACAUUCGAAACAGCAGCCCAGCCUACCCUCCAGCCAACAUACGAGCCAACAUACGAGCCAACAUACGAGCCAACAGAAGAACCAACCACACAGCCAACAGGCGAGCCAACAUUUGAACCAACAACCGAGCCAACGCUUCAACCAACACUCAAUCCAACUGAAGAGCAACCUCCCUUUCCAACAGUUUCACCUGGAGGACCCAGUGUUAGUCCAACAAGUUCUCCUACCGGAGUGUCAACAGAGGGACCAUCACUUGCACCAAUAGUCAUUCCCACUACUAUGUCAGCUACUCCUUCUGGUCUGCCCACUGCUAGCCCCACUGAUGCGCCCACUGGAACACCAUCAGCAUAUCUGUCAUUGGUUCCAAGUAUCACUUGCAACGACAUAUCUAUCCCUAAUGAAAGGUACUAUUAUGUUUACUUUGCUGGUGAUGUCACAUCAAUUUCUGAUCCGGAGCUUGCAACAGCAUUCUCCUCUGGCUACAAUUCCCUUUCAAAGAAUUCUUGUGCAGAAGACCUUGAUCUUGUUGUCCCAUCCAGGCGUUUCACAAGAAGAAGGCUCCAGGAAUCAUCAGCAGCUGUGAUUGAAUUCUUUGUUCAAACCAGGCAACUAUCCUUCGGAAGUGUAUUUUCCACAUCGGAUGAUUCCACAGCAUUCGUGGGGGGGUUCAACAGUGGUAUGCAAGGAAAUGCAGCUGUAGCAAUUGGAGUGAGUGCCACUCUUGAAACAGGAACUCCCACAAGGUCUCCAACAUUUGAACCAACAACAGAGCCAUCGCUUCAACCAACACUCAAUCCAACUGAAGAGCAACCUCCCUUUCCAACAGUUUCACCUGGAGGACCCAGUGUUAGUCCUACAAGUUCUCCUACCGGAGUGUCAACAGAGGGACCAUCACUUGCACCAAUAGUCAUUCCCACUACUAUGUCAGCUGCUCCUUCUGGUCUGCCCACUGCUAGCCCCACUGAUACGCCCACUGGAACACCAUCAGCAUAUCUGUCAUUGGUUCCAAGUAUCACUUGCAACGACAUAUCUAUCCCUAAUGAAAGGUACUAUUAUGUUUACUUUGCUGGUGAUGUCACAUCAAUUUGA